UCCAUUGUAUGCGCAAGAUUGCGUUCGUCCGGCACGUGAUGCGCAGUUGCGUCACCGUUACUACGAAAUUGUCAAAAAGAGAUGUCUGAUAUUUUUUAUCGGUGAAUUGUUGCAUCGUUACUUAGAAAGCAUAUCUACAAACGCAAAUUAAUUAUUUAAAUCUUUUCUGAAGCGCAUUCGCAUGGUACCCCGACAUUUGGAUGGAAUUUCAAAUCAUGUUUAAACAAUUCAGAAGCUGAUAUAAUUCGUCGACCAGAUGUUGAAUGUCGCGCGUGCAAUAUUUCAAUUUUGCGCGCGCUUUAAACGAAAGAGGAACCAAUUGGCGCUAGCCAAUAGGAAAGCAACGAGCUGACAAUUUUGCGCAAGACAGUGUCACUUGUGCAGUGAGAAGUGUGGUGUCCACAUGUAUUGCUCCGUUCGACAUGUCAUUUCAACUGCUUCUAAUGCGCUAUCACCGUUUAUAAAUUACUUUAGCAGGUUAUUUGCCGAAAUUUUGUACUUCGAAGGAGCACGAAUGAUUUUGCUAUGCAGAUUUGGAAAUUUUGGUGAUCGCGCGCAAUGCGAUUGAUAGAGUCAGUGUUUGUUACGUAAAAUUAUUUUUAAUAGUUCUCAAAAUGCAAUAGCUUUUGCAGUGAUUAUAAAUCCAGUUAGAGUUCAUACGCGGAAUUAGAGUCAGUGUUUGUUCGCCGAGGAUAAUUUAAACGGACACGUCAGUAGCUUUUUAUUUUUAACAUGAAUAUAUAUUUUAAUAUUCGUUUUCGGUAUUAGAGUCAUAAAUUUUCACAAGAGGAUCUAGUCUCCCCAUUAAAUCAAGAACGUUUUUCAUAAAUUACACUUUUGGAUUCCCGUCUGUGGACUUCUUAAAGAGUUAAAAAUGAGGAAGCUGAAUCGACGUAACGGUCUACGCCAGGAUGGCCAGUUGGCCGCUGAGAAUCGUACUUCUGUCCAGCACCCUCAUCCUUGUCCGCGGACGGGGAGUGGUGUUGGACAGUCAGGGCCCGGUGUUGAUCUCCGAGCCACGCUCGUCGGUCGAAUUCUCGAACGAGACCGGGGCUAUGAUCCAUUGUUCGGCCCAGGGCAGCCCGUUGCCAAGGAUCGAUUGGCUCAUGGGAGACGAGUCGCCGGUCCUCCCUAUACCGCACAUCCGUGAGAUGCUGGUGAACGGUUCGAUGUAUUUCUUGCCUUUCGGCGCGGAGACCUACCGGCACGACGUCCACUCGGCGGUCUACAGAUGUCAAGCGUCGAACAGCGUCGGCAGGGUGUUGGGCCGUGAAAUCACGGUAAAGGCCGUGGUACGUCAAAAGUACGAGGUCCAAGUGCGAGAUGCCUACGUUUUGCCUGGAAAUACCGGAGUGCUCAGGUGUGAAAUACCAACGUUCGUUAAGGAGUACGUGGCGGUCACGUCCUGGGUUCGAGAUUCAGCCUACAACAUCUUUCCAACGCCGAAAAGCGAUGACAGACAUCACAUGCUGCCGACUGGAGAGCUUCUGGUGUUCUCGGUGACUUCGUCCGAUGCACAGUCGAGUUAUCGAUGCCGGACGGUGCACCGUGUCACCGGUGACACCGUGGAAAGUUCCUCAUACGCCAGGCUCGUAGUAACCGACCCUCACACACCAGUACCGCCAAGGUUCAACGAACGAGUGAGUCCGGCCCCUAUACGCACUGGUGAGACGAUCGUCCUUUCGUGCAUCUCCCAGGGAAUCCCGCCGCCCAUGUAUCUAUGGUUUCGCGAGUCCGUGACAGGCACGGCGAUGAUCUUCAAUUCAGAAAGGAUCUACACGAGAGCGGGCGUGCUGGUGCUGCAAUCGGCAAGGGCAGAGGAUGCCGGACGAUACGUCUGUCACGCCAACAAUACGGCUGGUUCCGAGAUGGUCGAAUUGGAGGUCUCCAUUAUAAGCAGCCUCUCCAUCCACCUGGUACCUCAACAGGUCACCGUGGACCUCGGCAAGGACGCGGAGUUCCAGUGCUCCGUCACUGGCCAACCAAUCCCGGUGAUCUUCUGGACCAAGGACGGGCUCCCCGUGGGAGAAAGCGCCUCCGGUAGAAGCAAAAUCACGGGGAACGACGGCUCGACGUUGCGCGUCUCGUCCGUGGUGAGGGACGACAAGGGGAUGUAUCAAUGCUUCGCGAAGAACGACUACGAGAUGGUACAGGCGACCGCGGAGCUGCGGCUCGGGGACGCGGCGCCGCAGCUUCUGUACAAAUUCAUCGAACAGACCAUCCAGCCUGGCCCCUCGGUGUCGCUCAAGUGCAUCGCCACCGGGAACCCGACGCCGCACUUCUCCUGGACACUGGACGGAUUUCCUCUUCCGCAAAACGACAGGUUCAUGAUAGGCCAGUAUGUGACGGUGCACGGUGACGUAAUAUCGCACGUGAACAUCAGCGUGGUACAUGUGGAGGACGGCGGAGAAUAUCGGUGCACGGCGGCGAACCGGAUGGCAAAGGUGCACCAUUCGGCCCGUCUCAACAUUUACGGUCUGCCCCAUGUACGACCGAUGGGAAACUAUGCCGCAGUGGCUGGCGAAACCACCGUUAUCAAAUGUCCGGCCGCUGGUUUCCCAAUCGCAAGCAUCACUUGGGAGAAAGACGGGAAAGUGCUACCGACGAGUCGACGUCAAGAGGUGUUCUCGAACGGUACGCUGGUGCUGCAUCACGUCGACAGAAGUACCGAUCACGGUGCAUACACGUGCACGGCGAAGAACAAACAAGGCCGCUCCGAUUCCCAGACAGUUCACAUCGAAGUGAAAGUACCGCCUAAAAUCGAUCCGUUUAGCUUCCCUGUCAAUAUACAAGAAGGGGCGCGGGUGCACGUGGUCUGCGUGGUCAGCGAGGGCGAUUCACCGCUGAAGAUCACCUGGCUGAAGGACGGCAGGCCAUUGAAUUCCACGGAGACGACCACCCAUCAUAUCGGCGAAUACGAUCUCACGUUGAUGAUACAGAGCGCGACCACGGCGAAUAAUGGCAACUAUACGUGCGUCGCGAGCAACGAUGCCGCCGAAACGUCUCGCACGGCAUCCCUAUUGGUCCAUGUUCCACCCACGAUAGCUCCCUUUAGCUUUAACAAGGACCUCUCGGAGGGGGUGCGUGCUCAGGUAACUUGCAUGGUCGAGAAGGGCGAUCCGCCGUUCACGAUCGCCUGGUCCAAGGACGGCGAGCCGAUCGCCGGGCCGAGCACAUCUGGCUUCGGGAACACCGCGAUAACAGGUCCGAGACACACGCAGAUACCCGCUGGUCUACGCGUGACCAACAUUGACGUCCAUUCCAGUACCAUAGUUAUCGAGCGUGUGAGCGCCGCGCACUCCGGCAACUAUACUUGCGUGGCGCGCAAUUCGGUGGCCGAGGUCCUCUGGACGGCCGAGUUGAUCGUUCGUGUGCCACCCCGUUGGGUGAUGGAGCCGCAGGACGUCCGUGCCUCGGAAGGGAUGUCGCGGCUGGUUCUCCAUUGUCACGCGGAUGGAUUUCCGCCGCCGGCGGUGUCGUGGCGGCGCGCUAGCGGCAAGAAACCGGGCAAUUAUCGCGACAUCGUCACGCACGAGCACACUCAGAACCUAAGGAUACACUCGAACGGCUCGUUGGUGUUUGGUCGAGUGCAAGAGGACCACGAGGGCUUUUAUUUGUGCGAGGCGGUGAAUGGGAUCGGCGCUGGCCUCAGCAAAGUCGUCCAUCUGACUGUGAACGUACCGGCCCAUUUCGUGGAGAAACAUCGGAAUCAAACGGCGAGGCUUGGCUCGAGCGCGUCGUUGCGUUGCGAGGCAAAGGGCGAUCAUCCGUUGAAAAUAAUUUGGAAGAAGAUGGGCGCACACCUGGAGCAGAAACUGUCCGACUAUCGGUACACGUUGAAGGAGGAGAACACCACCGACGGCAGCGUCAGCACCCUCGAGUUCAUAAGCACGAGUCGAGAGGACAGCGCGAGGUACUUCUGCAUAGCCUCGAACGCUUACGGCCGCGACGAAAUGACGAUUCACCUGUACAUACAAGAGCCACCUGACUUCCCGCGGAAUCUUCACGUGAUCGACAAAGGAAGUCGUUACAUCAAUAUCAGCUGGACGACCAGCCAGGACGGCAACAGCCCGAUCACGCAGUACAUCAUCGAGUACAAAACCGACACUGAGGUGUGGCACGAUCACACGUUUCACAUGACGGUGCCGGGCAGCCAGGCACACGCUCACGUGAGCGGUCUGCGUCCGGCGGUCUCCUAUCAGUUCCGAAUAUACGCGGAGAACGAAUUGGGUCGUAGUCAGGCGAGCGACAUUUUGGAAACGACGACCGAAGGGGAGAAGCCAGGCGGGCCGCCGAGAAACCUCAAGGUAGAUCCCGUCAGCUCGACCGAGUUUAACGUCACCUGGGACCCACCUGAUCAUGAUUUAUGGAACGGAGAGAUACUCGGUUAUCACAUCGGCUACAAGGAACAUAGGAUGGGAUCGGAUCAGUACACGUACAGAACGGUGGAGAGGCGAAUUUCAACAGCGAGCGUAGCCUUAGGACUGGCGCGGACGUCGAUGCCCGGCAGACAGUAUCAGCUGACAAAUCUGAAGAAGUUUACACGUUACAGCGUGGUGGUGCAAGCGUACAACGUGCUGGGCCAAGGUCCGAUGACGCCGGAAGUGGUGGCGACGACUCUCGAGGACGUGCCUAGCAGUCCGCCGCAAGACAUCCGAUGCACGGCGCUGUCCUCGCAAUCACUGCAGGUCUCGUGGGACGCGCCGCUCGACUCCACUCUGAACGGCGUUCUGAAAGGCUACAAGGUCAUAUGGGAGAACAUGAACGCGCUGACCGAGUCGCCCAAGUCGGAAAUGAAGAUCACCAGUGCCUUGACUGUCGUGAUUCACGGCCUGGAGAAGUACACGAAUUACUCUGUGCAAGUGUUGGCUUCGACCAGGGCCGGCGACGGGAUCGCCUCCUCACCUUUGUAUUGCGUCACCGAGGAGGACCUGCCGGAGGUGCCGGCGGGCGUGAAGGCGGUCGUCAGGUCGGCGACAUCAAUUAUCGUAUCCUGGCAGCCGCCACUCAGGAGCAACGGCAACAUCACGUCGUACAACAUUCAUAUCCGCUGGGUUGGCCCGGAGGGAAAAUGGUACAAGCGGUCAUUGCCUCCGUAUCAGACCAGCUAUCAGGUGGAGAAUCUGCAUAAGAAAAAUCAGUACGAGUUCAGCAUCGCGGCGGUGACGUCGGUGGGCGAAGGACCCCAAACUCAACCCAUCACUGUUUCACUUUCGAACGAAGUUCGAGCAGCGAUAUACUCGUUUGGCACGGUGCUGGUUGUUCCAUGGAAACAGAACGUGACGUUACCAUGUCAAAGCGUCGGGAACCCCGAACCAUCGGUGACAUGGAAACAAUGGGGCCAGAUAGUGAAAUCGUCCAGUAGAGUGUCCCUGCUACCGGAAGGCUCGCUGCAGAUCAUGGACCUUCAUCGGGAGGACAGCGGAAAUUACACUUGCUACGUGAAGAAUCGUCACGGAUCCGAUCAGAUCACGCAUCGUUUAACCGUGCAAGUUCCGCCGGCAGCCCCGUUGCUUCACGCGACCAGCGCGACCAGUAAUUCGAUAAACGUCCAGUGGAAGAACAGGGAUGAUGGCGGCGCCCCAAUCAGGGGCUAUAUCCUUCACUAUAAACGGGAAUCCGGCGAAUGGGAGGAGGUGAAGGUCUCCCACAAGAUCAACAGUUUCGUGCUGUCACGGCUAUGGUGCGGCAACGAUUAUCAAAUGUAUCUGACGGCGUACAAUAGGAUCGGCAUGGGAUCGCCGAGCGAGAUUGUGAAAGCAACGACCAACGGAUCGAAGCCGGAGAACUCGCCUAGCAACGGUGAUAAAUUCGUCACCGUGAACGUGUCGUGGAUCACUCUUCAUCUGAGCAUGUGGAACGACGGUGGCUGCCCCAUCACGUAUUUCGAGCUCGAGUACAGAAAGAACGGGGAUGAUAUUUGGACCUUGGUGUCGAACAACAUCGAGGUACAAAAGACGUACACGCUCAGCGAGCUGCAACCUGGAACUACGUACGACAUUCGAAUAAGGGCGCACAAUAACGCGGGUUUCUCGGUCGCCGAAUACAGGAUUACGACACUUCAGCCUCACACUAGCAGCACCGUGCCGUCUGUGGAGAUCGAUCACUACAUUCCUCAGCACACGUCCGUCUACGUGGAUCUGAAACUGAUUAUUCCUCUGAUACUGAGCUCGCUGGCCAUCAUCGCCGCCGCCGGUGCCGUGUUUUAUUGUUUCCGGAAACGCCCAUUUAUAGGGGAGAUCGCGAGCCUGCACGACGCCCAGACUGCAGCCGCUCUAGACAAUAAACAGAACAUGGAGCAACGUGAACAGUACUACGCGACCGUGCGCAAACCGCUUCGCUCGCCGAUACACGAGAUGGCUACCUUGGAAAAAAUUCCAGAGUACUCGGAGGACAUUUAUCCAUACGCGACCUUCCAACUAGAGGAGAGCGUACCACCAGGUGGUGAUAGCCGAUGUAAUUCCGCGGCGCCUCUUCAGACCUUCGUCUAUCACGAUCCUCGUCUCUCCACAGCUGACACUCUUCAAUUACGAGAGUCGGAUUGCAACCGGUACACUAAGGUGCGCGGAGGCCGUUCGUCCUCUGCGCCGUUGCACAAAACGCACAAGGUCAGUCAGGGCAAGUCCGAGUCGGAGGAAUACGACACCCUGGGCUCGGAUAGCGACACGGAAGUCGGGACCAGCAGCCGAACCGAGUCUUCCAAUCACCUCGUCGAUUCGCACCACUCGGUGUCUGCGGCCGACUCGCGUGUCCACAACUUCCUGUACCAUGGACCAGAAUCUAGCACGUCUACAGAACCCUCACCGAUUUUUGAGAGAAAAUCGUUUCCUGGAAGGGGAAGAUCCAAGAUGUUACAGCUGGCGCGUCAUACCAGCGAGGAGACCCGUUCCAACUUCGGCCCAAUCACCGGGUUUGGCAAUUCCAAGCACCAGUCGAGCAAUUCCUGCUCCAAUCGGGACCAGGAGCGUGACGGAUCAGGGAACCUGUUCGUCCCCAAGCUGGACCCACCCACGGGCUUCUCCGACGCGUUUGAGCUAAGCGAGGCCGAGUGCGACCUCGAUCGUGGCCACAGCAGCCAACGAAACGUCCGUGACUUCGUAAUCGCGGUGUAAAUAAAAAAAAAAAAAAGAGAGAAAGAAAAGAAAGAAAGAAAGAAAGAAAAAUGUAGAACCUCCACGAUGAACCUCCACGAUGCUGAAACCAGCGAGGAAGGAGAAACAAAACGAAACCCCAUUUUAACUAUCUCGAUGUAAAGAAAACAACCAUCGUGGUCCGUCUUUCGUUAAUUAUCAUUGGCCACUGUCGAGCACAGCGGCCAGUGAUCAUGUGCUCCCUGUUCGUGUUCCUGGCCUAUGUCGAUGAGAAUGUGUCAAUCGUAUCCUGUAACAAAAGAAAAAAAAAAAAAAAAAGCAAACGAACGUACUGAACUCGAUCAUGUGUUCUUCAAACUGCCAUUUGGUUCGUAUAUUCGCGAGAACCUGCGACCCACAAGGCCCAAAGACAAUUCGUUCGAUUUUUCGGUGUGUUUCUCGUUUGGCUCCAGGAGUGAAUCGCGCGAAUCUGAACUGCCUCCUACCUGCCUCCUGCCUCCAGAGAUCAAACAAACUGCCAAUUUCGUUCCAGAGAAAGCUAUCCUACGAAAGACUUUUUUGAACGCGUUCUCUACUUUCAAAAGUAGUAAACAGCAAAUCAGACGAAUUUUUCGCAGGUUAUCAAACACGAUUAUUCUACACGUGAUUGCUCGAGUUCGAUCGAUACGUCCGUUUGAGUCUGUUUCACGCGAUGACUGCCACAAAACUGCGUGCUCUAACCGUCAAGCGAUUCACAGGGAAGUUCUUUUUAGUUCCCUGUGUGACGAACACUCCUAUUAUCAUAAUUAAUCGAAGACUCGUAAUCGUAAUUAAAAAAUACUGUCGUCGAACGCGCGAAUCGUCCUAUCGUUGAGACCACAUCCACGCAAACAUCCACGAAGAAAAGGAACGGUUUUUUCCAUUCUACUACCGAGUGCAUAUCCCAAGCGAGCAAUACGCGAUUUAUUACGAGUUUACUUCGUCUUCCAGUUUCGUAUCUCCAGUUUUUUAUCUUCUGAUUUCAACGUCGUUUCUCCCGAGCGAAGAACAACGCGUGAACAAUUUCCUUCGCGCUUUGAACGAGCCAGCAUGUUUCUCGUUCGUGUACCAACCGUGUGUUGUCGUAUACGUGUAUAAAUAACGAAGAAAAAAACUGAAAAUGAUGUUUCGUCGUUGUCAUCGAUGUCGUUUCAUUUUACGCGAGACUGAAAACGUUAAGUAGAUGAGACGUGUAGCGUAAACUUUAACGUUCAAAGCAAAAAAAUAAAUAAAUAAAUAAAUAAAUAAAUAAAUAAACAAAAGUAAAAUAAAAUAAAUAAAUAAAAUAAACUAUUGUCUGUAAGAUGUCUGUACUUACCAUGCUGUUAACUGUGUACGUAUUGUACCUCAUCACGAACGCGCGAACGCGCAUUACGGAGAAACGAGCCCGCGGAGAACAGAUACGGUGAGAAACGUUAACUAAAGAAAAAAAGGGGAAAAAAAAGAAAGAAAGAAGGAAAAGAAAAUAAAGAG